GACCAGCAAAAUUUUUAUCUCCAAAAACCCUCGUGUAAGAAACAAAGCCGCUAAACCCUACGGGAGACGAAUAAAAACGAGAGGCUAGACCGGACAACAUAAAACCGAAGGCACUGAAUUAACGAGUGUUGGCGCCAAAUUAGUCCGGUGCCGCCAUGUACGGCCGUCCUUCUCGCUCCUCCGGCGCCGCAUGGGGUCAGGCCUCGUCGGUUCCUCAGCCUCUGAAUCCUAAUUUCUCACUCCAAAACCCCAACACUCCGUAUCUCUACCCUAUAAACCCUGCCUUUCAAGCUUACCGGAACUUCUCCCCCAACAAUCUCCCGCCGCCGCAAAACCCUAGCUUCGUUCCCCGGCAGUUCUCCAAUUCGCCGUUCCGGCCUCCUCCGCCUCAGAUCUCCAAUGAACUGCUGGAGAAAGUCGACCGCGCCGUGGCGAAGGCUCGGUCGGACCUUAUUGCCGCCGGCGACGGCGUCUCGGCGUGGAAGGUUUCGCAGUCGGCGCUUAUGAUGCUCCAGAUUGAUGGCUGGGGCUCUUUAGGGUUUCAGAUGCAGCAGGUGCCGUCUCUACAGCGUCUGAUGUUCACUGAAGGCAAGAUAAAUGCAUUUAUCCAGUGUUUUGUUGCGGUUCGAAGAAUUUCUUCAUUAUAUGAUAUGGAAGUAGCAAUCUGCAAGAAUGAGGGCAUCGAGAAGUUUGAAGAGCUAGGAUUGGGACCGUUGGUGCGACAUCCACUUGUUUUGCAUUAUUACUCAGUGAAGUCUAAUACUAAUAAAGUUUAUAAGAUUACUAGCGAUGAGAUAAUAUCUUUACUCUCUGCCUACAUGGAUACCUGCAAGAACAAAGAAAUUAAGAUUGAAGAAUUUUUAGAUUUUAUUGUAAAGAAGCGAUCAGUUGCAAGCAAGGAAGAGCUUGGAAUACGAAUUCAGAGCAUCGGGAUGCAUAUAUCUGCUAUCCGCGCUGUGAAGAAAACUGAACCGUCUUUCAAGCAAACAUCUAAGAAAGAUAAGAAGAAGCGUUACUUCUCAUUGAAAAGGCAAUUAGAUGAACGUUUCAGCGACAUUUCUCAGCGUGUUGAAUCAUUUUCCUCUGUACAGAAGUUUUGUGGCGAGCACAUUAGGUUUGAUUCUUCAAAAGACUCGGAGGCUGAUAGUAGUGAUGAUGAUGUAUCUGAAGAUGGUGAUGAAGUUAAUGACCAUUCGACAGGUAAUCAAGUUAAAUUGUCAUCUAAAUCUGUUACAAGCUCUGACCGAGCUAGCAGAUGUCCUUACCCUUCUGAACUAGAAGAGAAGAAACGGCUAGGAUUGAGCCAGCUUUCACCAGCUAGUUGCUCCCAAAAGCAGAGUGAGAGUAAUCAGUCAGCUAAAAAGAAAAGAAACUAUGAAGAUGUAAACAGUGCAAUUUCAGUGCCUGCCAAAUUGCGUAAGAGAGAUAAGGUAGGAGAAGAUGCUCCUCGAACAAAGAAUGGCCGGAAAACCAAUGAGGUUAGCAAUUCGGAUGAAAAUGAUCUCUCAAUUACCAAUACAUGUUUGAAGAUCUUCAUUACAACUUGGAAGGAAGCAUGUCGGGAGAACACUGUGGCUGAGGUACUUGAUAGAUUACUGCAGCUUAAUAACACAGACGCUGAGAAGAAAACAGAAAUCAAGUCAAUGUUUUCCUUGGAUCCAUUAAUUGGAUUGUUAAAUGUUGCUGUCUCAUCUAUCAAAUCCGGAUUGUGGGAUAGCAUGUAUGAUACGUUCCAAACUGUUGGUCAGUUAACUGACAAUCGUCCAGAUAACUGUCCUGAAUAUGUGAACAUAGAUGUUGAACCAAGUAUUAAAGAUGAGAAGAGUACCAAGGAUGCACCAGUCAUUCCUGAACAUGCUGUUGAGCACAGGCACAGUGUUUCUGUUGAGGACAUAAUCAGGAAACUUACGAUGUAUUUUGAGAUUGAUCAAGGUGUACAUGGCAAUGGUAGAUCACUCCAGGAGAAAAUAUGUACCUUCUUGACAAAGCUUUGCAGUUGUGAACUAUGGUUAGUGGAAGAAUUUUCUGUCAAGGAGUUUAGAUCUCUUGGUCAUGGAGAGUUUUUACAGUUCUUAGAAAAUUAUGCAGGGCUACUUCCACAAGAGCUGUGCAAGUACCUGACUGAUGAUGUAAUUGGGAAGUGCCCUUUGGAAGUCUGCAUGCUUCAGCCCCAUUUGGUUGUUUUACUAUCUCAAGCGUUUAAUAGUUUAUGGGAGGAUGAAAAUAUCACAAAACAGGAAAUUAUGUUGCUGCUUAGGAAGCAAUUCCCAUCGGUCAGUUUCAAAAUUAUUGAAAAUGGUUCAGUAGAAGACUUUUUAAGCAUAGUGGGAAAACAUAAAGAUGAUGUGAUUUCCAAAUGUGUUCUAUUCUCAAUGGCAUUAAAUGGCACUAGCUAUGCUAUUGACUCAUCAGUACAUUACGAGAACGUCCUAUUGAAAAGCAUGACAGUGAGUUCUGACAGUUGCCAGAAAGAUGUAUCUGUUACAUCCAAGGAUGCAAUUAAAGUCUUAGCUAGGGCACCAAUGAUGUCCGACUUAAACUUAUGGUCACACUGGGACCUUUUGUUUGCUCCUUCACUCGGUCCUCUUAUACCAUGGUUAUUAAAUGAAGUUAACACAGAUGAGUUGUUGUGUUUGGUGACCAAAGAUGGAAAAGUCAUUCGGUUAGACCAAUCAGUUACUGUAGAUUCAUUUGUGGAAGCUGCCCUUCAAGGAUCAUCUUUUGAAACAGCACUGAAAAUGUUAUCUCUAUUUUCAAUAGUUGGAGGAGAAAAACAUGUUCCUGUGCCCCUUUUGAAAAUCCACAUACAACGUGCAUUUGAAGUCAUUUUGAAAAAUUUUGUAGAUAACAUGGAAGUACAUCACGAUAAGUAUGGAAAAGCAUUGUUUGGACAGCAAAUGGUUGGUGAAGAUGCUGCUGGUAAAUUAUCACACAGAGACUUACAGAAGACAGAUAUUGGAAAACCCAUUAUAUCAAGAUUUUUUCUUGAAUGUCUUGGGUAUCUUCCUGCAGAGUUUCGUGCGUUUGCUGCAGAUUUAUUGCUUUCGGGAAUGCAAUCUGUUGUCAAACAUGCGCCUUCAGGUAUAUUGAGUGAGUGCAGUCAAUUGGAGCAACGUAUAAUGCUUCAUGAAGUUGGCUUGUCUCUUGGUAUAGCUGAGUGGAUUAAUGAUUACUACGCAUGUCUUACCAAUGAUACCACUCAGUCAUUCAUGUCUGCGGAUUCAUGUACCAACGCCGUUGGACAUGAAAUGGGGUUAGGUUCAAAGCCCUUGCAAGAUGUUUCAGAUGCGUUUGACACUUCUGGAGGAAGCAUGGUUGGAUCUGUUAGGGAAGAUGUGCAGGAAGUUGGAUGUACUGAUGUCUCUCUGAAGAUUGGUGGUGCAGAAACCGGCAAUGAGAGAGCUGGUAGUGGUUACACUCAACAAUCUGCCAAAAUUAGUGAACAUGAAGAUGCAUCCGAGGUGAUUGAGUCAAUCAGAAGAGAUGAGUUUGGUCUUGAUUCAAGCCAAACAACUUCUGAAAGUAUCAUGUUGAAGAAGCAUCAUGCUCGUCUAGGGAGAGCUCUUCAUUGUCUUUCACAGGAAUUGUAUUCUCAGGAUUCACACUUUCUUCUUGAGCUGGUUCAAAAUGCAGAUGAUAAUACAUACCCAACAUGUGUAGAACCAACUUUAACGUUCAUUCUUCAAGACUCAGGUAUCGUUGUUUUAAAUAAUGAGCAAGGGUUCUCUGCUGAGAACAUUAGAGCACUUUGUGAUGUUGGCAGUUCUACCAAGAAAGGAUCUAAUGCUGGCUAUAUUGGGCGGAAGGGCAUCGGUUUCAAAUCUGUGUUUCGGGUCACAGAUGCUCCAGAGAUUCAUUCCAAUGGAUUCCAUAUCAAGUUCGAUAUAAGUCAGGGUCAGAUUGGAUUUCUUUUGCCAACAGUUGUACCUCCUUGCAAUGUUGAAAUGUUCAGUAGGCUGACUUCUAGUGACAGUGAUCAACUGGAUAAUAAUUUCUGGAACACCUGUAUUGUUCUUCCUUUCAGAUCGAAGUUUUCAGAUGGAUCUGUCAUGAAAGGCAUUAUAAAUAUGUUUUCAGAUCUCCAUCCAUCUAUAUUACUCUUCCUUCACCGCCUCCAGUGUAUAAAGUUUAGAAACUUGCUCGAUAAUUCACUUACUGUCAUGAGAAAAGAAACGGUGGGAGAUGGUAUCGUAAAGGUUUCACAUGGGAAAGAGAUAAUGACAUGGUUCUUAAUAUCUCAGAAAUUGCAAGCAGAUUUUAUGCGUAGCGAUGUACAAACAACAGAAAUCUCCAUAGCAUUUACAUUGAAAGAAUUGGAGAAUGGUGUUUAUGGACCAGAUUUAGGGCAACAGCCUGCUUUUGCAUUUCUUCCUUUAAGAACCUAUGGCCUGAAGUUUAUUCUUCAGGGUGAUUUUGUUCUUCCCUCAUCUAGAGAGGAAGUGGAUGGAGACAGUCCGUGGAACCAGUGGCUUCUGUCAGAAUUUCCUGGUUUAUUUGUCAAUGCUGAGAGGUCUUUUUGUUCUCUUCCUUGCUUUAAAGAGAACCCCGGGAGAGCAGUGGCGGCUUAUAUGUCCUUUGUUCCACUUGUUGGGGAAGUGCAUGGUUUUUUUUCUUCUCUUCCUCGAUUAAUCAUUUCUAAAUUACGUAUGUCGAAUUGCUUACUCCUGGAAGGAGGAAAUAACGAGUGGGUUCCUCCUUGCAAGGUCCUAAGAGGUUGGAAUGAGCAGGCCCGUUUGCUUCUACCGGAUUGUUUACUAAGGCAGCAUCUUGGCCUUGGGUUGUUGGAAAAAAGUAUAGUUCUGCCUGAUCCACUUGCAAGAGCACUUGGUAUUGCAGAAUAUGGACCCAAAAUUCUGGUUCAAGUUAUGGACUCCUUGUGUCGUUUGCAAAAUGGCCUCUUAUCAAUGGGACCUGGUUGGUUAACUUCUUGGCUAAGUGAACUGUAUGCAAUGUCAUUCAAUGCUUCUGUGGAAACAUCAUUUGACUCUGGACAUGGAAUGGAUUUGAUAGAAGAGCUCCGAAAAAUUCCAUUCAUUCCUCUUUCAGAUGGUACAUAUGGUGCAGUAGACAAAGACCCAAUUUGGUUACAUUUUGAUGCCUUGAGCACUGGGUUUGAGGAUCAGCAUGGACUUGAGUCUUUUCCUAAAUUAUAUGCUAAUCUUCGUAUCGUAAGUCCUGCCUUCCUUUCUACAUCAUGUGCAGAUAUGCCAUCCAUGGAUGUGACUACAGUUGACAAACAAAUACGCAUGCUUCGUAGAAUUGGUGUCCAGCAGUUGUCUGCACAUGAGAUUGUCAAGCUACACAUCUUGCCAGCUAUAUCUGAUGACAGAAUUGCAGGUAGGGAUAAGAAUAUGAUGACAGAAUAUCUCUGUUUUGCAAUGGUCCACCUUCAGUCGACCUGCUCCGAUUGUCAUGGUGAAAUGGAAUACAUAAUCUCAGAAUUACGAAAUAAAGCCUAUAUACUAACAAAUCAUGGCUUUAAACGACCUGCGGAUAUAUCCAUUCAUUUCAGUAAGGACUUUGGAAAUCCUAUAGACAUAAAUAAGUUGAUAAAUAUGGUGGAUAUGAUGUGGCAUGAGGUUGACAUCUCCUAUUUGAAGCAUCCAGUAACAAAGUCACUCCAAUGUGGACUAAUGAAGUGGAGGCAGUUUUUCCAGCAAAUUGGCAUUGUGGAUUUCGUUAAAGUAGUUCAUGUUGAGAAGGGAUUUAACGAUACGUGUAAAGACUUGAUUUCUCUUGGAUCAAAUGUCACAGAUUGGGAGUCCCCUGAAUUGGUCGAUUUAUUGUCCCUGUUGACCAGAAAUGGUGACAAAAAAGGCUGUCAAUAUCUUUUGCAGGUGCUUGAUAGUUUAUGGGAUGAAUGCUAUCUUGAAAAGGCUACAGGCUACUGUGCUUCUAAAGAUGUAGCAGAUAAAAAGGCCUUUAGAUCUUCAUUUAUAAGCUGCAUCUGUGAUGCACAAUGGGUAGCUUCAACAAUGGAUGAUGCGCUCCACUAUCCUAGAGAUUUAUACUACGACUGUGAUGCAGUGCGCUCGGUUCUUGGUCCGUAUGCUCCAUUUUCUGUUCCAAAGAUAGGGAGCACAAAGUUUGCCAGUGCUAUUGGGUUUAAGACAGUAGUUUCUCUUGAUGAUGGUCUAGAGGUAUUGAAACUAUGGAGAUGUGAGAACCCAUUCAGGGCCAGCAUAGCGCAAAUGUCAAAAUUUUACACAUUAAUCUGGAAUGAAAUGGCUUCUUCGAAGCUAAGAAUUGUGGAAGAGUUCCAUUCCAAACCUUCUAUUUUUGUUCCGUAUGCAUCUAGCUCAAGGCAUGAGGAUGUGGUGUCUGGUAUAUUUUUGUCCCCUCAGGAGGUAUAUUGGCAUGAUUCGACUUCUUUGGUGGACCAAAUCAAGCAUAUACAUCCUCAGUGCAGCUCAACAGGUGUUACUCAUGGCCCCUUGAUCAAGACACUGUGCAACUUUUAUCCUGGCCUUCAUGACUUCUUUGUUGAUGGAUGUGGAGUACCUGAGACCCCUCCUCUCCGUAGCUACCUACAGAUUUUACUGCACUUAUCAAAGGUUGCUCUGCCCUCGCAAGCAGCUAAUGCCGUUUUUCAAGUCUUUCUGAAGUGGACUGAUGGGCUGAAAUCAGGAUUGAGCCCUGAGGAUAUUGUUUACAUUAGAGAUUAUCUUAAGAAGAUCGAUUGCAUGGUGCUUCCUACUGUACAUGAUAAGUGGGUUUCUUUACAUCCAUCAUUUGGUCUUGUGUGCUGGUGUGAUGAUAAGAAAUUAAGCAAGCAGUUUAAGCAUUUGGAUGGUAUUGAUUUUUUGUACUUUGGUCAAUUGACCAAGGACAAUGAAGAGAUUCUGUGUACAAAAAUGUCAAACCUCAUGCAAACUUUAGGGAUUCCUGCUCUUUCACAGGUUGUGACUCGCGAGGCAAUAUAUUAUGGUCUGCAAGACAGUAGCUACGAAGCUGGAUUGGUAAAUUCAGCUCUCCCAUAUGUACAGCGCUACUUGCAUACUCUACACCCAGAUAAAUAUUCUGAACUCAAGAAGUCUGGAUUUGAUAUACUAAAUUGUUUGCAAGUAGUAGUUGUUGAUGAGCUGUACUAUCAAAAUGUCAUAGAAGUUGCUGGCAGUGAAUCCAAGAAGCGGGUUGCAUGUAGUUGUCUUCUAAAGGGUAGCAUGUUGUAUACAACCCGAGCUACAGAUUCUCACACAUUAUUUAUGGAGCUUUCUCGUUUGUUUUUUAAUGGUAAGCCUGAACUGCAUUUGGCGAAUUUCCUUCAUAUCAUCACAACCAUGGAAAAAUCGGGUUCGAACGAGGAGCAGAUAGAGUUAUUUAUCCUCAAUAGCCAAAAGGUGCCAAAGCUUCCUGAUGGGGAAUGUGUGUGGUCCCUUUCAUCGUUGCACUCAUUGACUGAGGAUAAUAAAUCACUCCAGACAAGUAAUACUUCAGCAGAAGUAAAUGAACAAAACAGUUCGAAACCCAAAAGGAAAGCAGAAAACUGGCCGCCUGUUGAUUGGAAAACUGCACCAGGGUUUGCUUACGCUCGUGCACAUGGUUUUAAGACACAGCCACCAGCGUUACAGCCCUGCGGCGCCUUACCAAAUAAGAUGGAUGGUGAUUCUGAAGGAAUUGUUGGACAAAUAGAUAAUUCAGCUCACAUUUCUGUGGAUACUAGUUGGUCCUUGGAAGAUUAUUCAGCAGCUGGGUCUUUAGCUUUGGCAGACAAUAAUGAUUUGCUAGAACAUCGCGGUGAACAUUUUAAUGACACUUGCUUUCCUACUCAUGUUGAAUUUGAUCCCAUUAAUCUAGGUCUUGUUUCUCACCCUCCAGACUUGGGUUCAUCCAGUGUUGGCAAAAGAGAACAGCUUAGAUAUGGCACGCCCAAUGCUUCACAAGCAAUUAUGACUGGGAGACUUGGAGAGCAUGUUGCUUUUAAAUAUUUUGUUGAGAAAGCCGGCGAGUCAGCAGUUAAGUGGGUUAAUGAGCACAAUGAAACAGGGCUACCAUAUGACAUAGUUCUGGGAGAGAACAAGGAGUACGUUGAAGUGAAAGCAACAAAAUCUGCAAGAAAAGACUGGUUUGAAAUAUCAAUGAAUGAACUGCAAUUUGCAGUUGAGAAAGGUGAAGCGUUCAGCAUAGCUCAUGUCAUGCUAUUAGAUAAUAAUGUUGCAAAGGUCAGAGUGUACAACAAUCUGGCAAAGUUAUGCCAACUUCGCCGAUUGAAGUUAGCUGUAUUGAUUCCUGUUCAGCCGAAGGAGUUCACCAUUGUUUCUUAAACUUGACUCGUGACAGAUUUUUGUGGUAGACAUUAAACCUAUAUUAGGAGAUGGACAGAAUUUUUUUUUUUUUU